UUACAAAUAAAAGAAUAUUCUGUUAAAUUUAACCCCAAAAAAAUCAAUAUUCUGUUAAAUUCGUCCCUACCGCACGUGCGAGCCACACGAUUCAUCCCUGAAUUGGAUUUGGGGAUAGCAUUCUUCAAAUUAGGGCUUCCAUUUCAUUACACGAGAGAGUCUUCUGUCUCUCUACAAACCCCCAAACCCCAACAAACACAAGCUAAACCUUCUCAAUCCCUCUCUUUCGCGACCCAGAAAUGGCCGCCACAGCCUCCUCCUCAUAAACCCAUUCACCUUGUUCCUCCUCUUCUUUCGCAGAUUCCUCUCUUUGGGUUUUUUCUUCAUCGAUCUUCAGUACCGGUUGUUUGGGGGUUUCUUUUCGGGUGAAAGUUAGGGUUUUAGGGUUUGGUUUUACUGCAAUCUUACCGGACCAGAAAAAACUCGAACUAUAGAUACAAGCCCUGUCGUAAAAAUUUGAUCUUUUUAUUGUUUAGGUUAAACUUCCUUAGGCUUGGAUUGUCGUGGGUCAGCUAGAAAUUUUCCGAGCAAAUCACAUGUCUGACCAUUAAAACCAUCUCUCCAAAGCCUAAUCUAGAAUCCGAUCCUGUAAAAACUAAAACCCCACUUGGGUUUUUUCCUACUUUUGUUUGUUUUCUCUUUACAGACUUUUUUUUUUCUCCCAAGUGAGUUUCUUUCUUCUUUUCCUCUGAUUCAAAUUUGGAUCGUUUUUCUUUUCCUCGAAUCAGGUUGUUUUUAGUAUUUGUGGUUUCGGUGACGAAUCUCUCUCUCUCUCUGGGUCGGUUGUGGGUUUGGUAAAGACUUGAUUGGGUUUUUUAUUUUUGUUUCUUUACUUGGUUUGAACUUUCUUUCCCUUCGAUGAUUCCUAGGGAAAUUGAUAAGUUCGCUUUAAUCGAGUAGAGACCCAAAUUAGAAUUUUAUUGUGUUACAGUUCCUUCCUUCAGUUUACUCUUUGCUUUUCUCGAUUGGAGGCAGACUUUGUAUUUUGAAGCUUUUGGAUAUUAGAGCUAUCUAGGCGCGAGCAAAGCAUGACACAACAAAUACAGUUGUUGCUGGCUGUGUUACUGGGGGUACAAUAUCGGCAAAAGCAGCCAUUGUGAUGAGGACUGUACGCAAUACUGUUGAUACGGGAAGGACUGUAGUCUGUACCAUACAUCAACCAAGCAUUGAUAUAUUUGAGGCAUUUGAUGAGCUUCUUCUUAUGAAACGAGGAGGCCGUCUCAUAUAUGGAGGGAAACUUGGUCUACACUCACAAACGAUGAUAAGCUAUUUUGAGAAAAUUAGUGAAAUUCCUAAAAUUCCUCGCGGUUAUAAUCCAGCAACUUGGAUGCUUGAGGUUACUACACCUGCUACUGAAGAAAGACUUGGUAUUGACUUUGCAACUAUCUAUAGAAAUUCAGAGCAAUACAGGGAGGUUGAAGCUUCUAUUGAGCAUUUUAGUACUCCAGCUUCUGGUUCAGAACCAUUAAAAUUCUCUUCCACUUAUUCACAAGAUAGACUCUCUCAAUUUUUGAUAUGUUUGUGGAAACAAAAUCUGGUAUAUUAUAGAAGUCCAGCAUAAAAUGCCAUAAGAUUAAUUUUCACGACAGUGAGCGCAUUGAUAUUUGGUUCAGUAUUUUGGAAUAUUGGCUCUAGAAGGGAAUCAACCCAAGACUUGUUUAUGGUUAUGGGAGCUCUCUAUGCUGCUACCAUGUUUCUUGGUGUCAAUAAUGCAUAUUAGAAAUGAGCCUGUUGAAAUCUGGGAAGAAAGUUAAAUGCUUGAAUUUCUUGAAUUCUGUAUUUUUUUGUGUUUUGGAUAAAGAGUUGUUGGGUAAACAAAAAAGAAUGAAAAUGUUAAUUGUUUUUUUU